GCCGUCUAGCGCCGUUCAGCUCGCCAGGCGACGUCAGCCUUGCUUCCCAGAACCGAUGAAGUAGCACCGUCUGCGCUUUGUGUUCAGACCUACAUGUGGCGGUUGAUAAGAAGCGCCUUAAGCGCCUCAACCCCAAUUGCUGUUGUGUAAACGCUGUACGGAUACAGGGGAACAACAACAGAUCCAUAGAGGGCGGCCACGGGGCGCCAUGAAUUUCCAAUCGCGAUCUACCUCGCUCUCGACGCUUUCGACUCCACAAGCCCUACGACGCCCCUCGGUGGGCUCUCGACUGUCGUCUGCUGUGUCCAUCGCAGAGCGCGGCGAGAACCAAGAUGGAGGAGGAAUUGCGGCGCAACACCAGAUAGAGGAGGAGAUUGCCAAGAUCAAACGAUACGAGGACUUCACUACCAUUGGAUGCUGCGCGGGAGCAGCUGCGGAGAAAAGCAAAGAGGAAACGGCAAGCCGGUCUCUACGGCGCCGGCCAAUUCGACUGGAGACAGAGGAUAUGGGAGGCAUACGAUGCCGCCCAGGGCUGGAUCGUUGUAACCAUCAUUGGCGCCGCGAUUGGGCUGAACGCUGCCUUCCUCAGCAUCAUCACCGAGUGGCUAUCUGACAUCAAACUGGGCUACUGCACAACCCACUUCUAUUUGAACGAGGACUUUUGCUGUUGGGGGGACGACAAUGGCUGCGCCGACUGGCACCGGUGGACCGGCCUUGAACCCAUCAACUAUAUC